AUGGCUGUGAACGUGUGUUUUUGUGUAAAACUGUCGCCUAACAAAAAAUCGAUUUUUGGAUUGAGAAUGAGCACCCAAAUCCUUUAUUUGGUAUUGUUUGCCGGUUUCUUGGCGGCCAAGGCUGCUGCAGACACAGAUGCGACCUGUGCUGAUGUGAAAAAUAUUUUUGAAAAGAAAGGAAUGUUGUUAAUGAUCGAUCUUCAAGAAAAGCCAAAUUCAGUAGUGCCUCCAGGCGUUGGUUUCCCUUGCAAAGAAUACAAUCAAAGCAGAUGGGGUUCUGCAACACUGCAAUUAUAUGAGAUGUCUAGCCGGGAGGGGCUCGGGGACAGUGCAUAUGCCGGCGAGCUUUGUCUCAACAAAGGAUGCUGCGGUGCUGGGGCGAGAUCUCGUCUGGUCACACAGGCGAGGACACAGUUUGAAGACGCGCUCCGGAGUGAACUGAACAAACUAGCUCAAAUACUGUCCAACAGAGCCAAGCGAUUUGAUGAUUUCUUCCGAAAGCUCCUUAAGUUAUCCAGAGAGGAGUUCCAUGCUAUGUUCAAACGAACGUACGGCAUGAUCUACGAACAGCAUUCAUAUGUCUUCGAGCAACUCUUUGAACAGUUGGAGAGGUAUUACACGAGAGGAGACAGCGACUUUGACGAGAUGAUGGACAGCUUCUUUGGGAUCCUGUAUCAGAAAAUGUUCGCCGUUCUGAACUCACAGUAUAACUUUGAUGAUAAGUAUCUGAAGUGUGUGAACGAGCACAUGCGUGAUAUUCAGCCUUUCGAGGACGUGCCAUCAAAACUAUCAGCUCAGCUGAGGCGAGCGUUCGUCGCAACACGCACCUUCCACAAGGCGCUUCGGGCAGGAGCUGACGUUGUCAGGAAUAUGAUGCAGGUGGGUGUAACCCAGGAGUGUGUGACCGCGUGGGCUCGUCUCCGUUACUGCGGCUCGUGCGCGGGUCACCAGGUCCCUGCCUGUAGUCGCUACUGUCACAACGUCAUCCGCGGCUGUCUGCCGACACACGCAGACCUUGGGGACCAAUGGGACGCUUAUGUUGAUGCUGUCGAGAAGGUAGCAGAUCGGCUACUCGGACCGUUCAACAUAGCUAUGGUCGUGGAACCGAUUGACAUUAAAAUAUCCGAAGCCAUCAUGAGCUUCCAGGAGCGUAACCAGGAGAUCUCGCAGAAAAUCUUCUCUGGUUGCGGGAAACCUGUACUGGGGGGUGGCGGCAGCACGGGGCCGUUUUUCCCCCCGGGCAGGAACAAACGUUACGCCCGAUCGAUACCAGACUUCGAUUGGAAUCAUAAAUCUAAUGAUGUCGACGAUUUUGAGAUCGAGGCAUCCUUUGAGAGUGUUGUCAACGACGACCCGUCGCUAAUGAGCCUCAAGACGCCCGAGAGUAUUCGUAAAGCGACGGAGGAAAUGGCAGAGAACGCCAAGUCGAGGGAACGGUUCCUCCAAUACAUGAGGGGACAGAUACAACUAGAAGAAUAUGAGGAACACGAGCGGAGGAAACGAGACGCGGACCCUGAACCCGCGGCGCAGGGCGGAACAGAAAUAGACUAUAAGUCGUACGAGUUUGACGGGAAACGAGGCUCCAAGAAGAAGAAGCUGGCGGCCGCUAAGACUGAAACAGGACACGGAGCGGACUCUGGUCCCGAGCUAGAGAAGUUAGUCCGCGAGACUCGUUCCCGUGUCCGAGCGUCCCGCCGCUACUGGCUCCACCUGCCGGCGCUGCUCUGCUCCACAGCUAGUGUUACCACCGCGCCCUGCUACAACGGCAGUCAUGUUGCCAGCUAUACGUCGAUAGCUGCUGGUGACGGGUCAGCGGCGCUGGCCUCCAACCCGGAGGUCCGCUCCCCCCCACCGCCCCCUCCGCCCGCUACUGACGUGUCGCCGCUGGAGGCUCUCCGCACACUGACCGGGCGACUGAAGGACGCUUACAACGGAGUCGAGGUGCACUGGAUGGACACAGCUGAAGACCUGCAAUCAGCGGCCGCGUCCCAGAGCGAGUUCAUUGACAACGCCGGGUCAGGGUCAGGGUCGGGAGACGACACGGACGACACGGAGGACCUGCCCGACGACGACGAGGACAGAGACCCCAGCAAGGACUAUGAAGGCUCCGGCAUCAGCGAAUCAACUAUGGACCCGAUUGACAUCGACACAGAGAAGCAACAGCCGACUGAGACCGAACAACCGGUAGUGCCGAGUGUAGUGAACGUGCCCGCCACCAAGAACGUGAACCUGCCGGCCGCCAUCGACGCGGGCGAACAGGACGCGCCGCAGCCCGCCGCCGCCGGCGCCGAGCGACCCUCACUACAGAGCGCGCUCUUCACGUACGCGCUGCCCGUCGUCUGCGCCUGGUUCGGCUCCAUCCUCACCGACCUGUUUUGA